AUGACUUUUAAAACUGUUCCCGUAUAUAUCAACAGCCACAGUGAAGCAUUGAAAGUAUUUGAGCAAUUUGAUAACUUUUUAUUAGAUUGCGAUGGAGUAAUUUGGCUUUCUGAGCAGUUGAUUGAAGGAGUUCCCGAGUUUUUGCAGUUUCUUGAACUUCACAAGAAAAACUUUGCGUUUGUAACCAAUAACUCGUCGCAAUCGCGUCUGGGGUAUAUCAAGAAGUUCGAAAGUCUAGGCAUCCAUGGGAUCGAAAAAGGUCAAAUCUAUACAACAGGGUAUUCAGCAGUUUUGGAACUAAAGAAGAUGGGUAUCGAUUCAGGCUCAAAAGUGUGGGUUUUGGGAGAUUCUGGAAUCGAAGAAGAAUUGAUUGAUGAAGAGUAUAUACCACUUGGUGGCUCCAGUGCUUUGUUGAAUGAACCAUGGAACCUGAAAAACCCGCUAUUGAAAGUUGACCCUGAGGCAAAAGCCGUUAUUGCUGGAUCUACCGAAAACUUCAACUUUAUGAGAAUAACUACAACUCUACAAUAUUUGAUGUAUGAUAAUAAAAAAUUACCAUAUAUAGGUACUAAUGGAGAUCGUAACUAUCCUGGUCCAGAUGGGUUGGUUCUCCCCGCGGGAGGAAGCAUGGUAGACUACAUGUCAUAUUGUUCCAAUAGGCCAUAUAUAAAUGUCGGCAAGCCAAGUAAAACUUUGGCUGACAUUAUAUUUUCCAAUAGAGGGUACGAUAGAGCAAAAACAAUCAUUAUAGGAGACACCUUAACGUCAGAUAUCAAGUUUGGCAAUGAUUCCGAUUUGGGUUGUGGACAAGGCACAAUGCUUGUAUUCUCGGGAACUACUACUCCGGUUGACUUAGAGGAGUUGUUAGUCUCAGGGAAUCGAACUAAAGAGGAAGAUACUCUAGUGCCGAGGUAUUGCGUAGAUUCCUUGACAGAAUUGUUGAAAUUGUUGAUAAGCGGAUGA